GGAUUUGGAAGAUCACUCUCCAUUUUGUAUUCCAAUCUUAAAACUUUAUCCUGUUUUACAAAUUUUCUGGAUAUUCAAACCAAAAACUCAGAAACAGAGUGAUAAUAACAAGGAUUUGGAGGUGAUAUGUGCGGACAAAACAGGGGUAUGAAGAGAAGGAAAGCCUCUUCCGCCGCCGUCGUCGGCGGAGAGAGGGCAACGACGAAUCGGAAGAGAUCGAAAAUCUCGCCGGAGUUUACAAACAAACCGGACUUCCUCGAUUCGUUGCCGGAUGAUAUCGUCCUGUCCAUUCUAUCGAAUCUCAGCUCCAAAGCUGAAUGUCCUGCAGAUUUUAUUAACGUUUUAAUCACAUGCAAAAGGCUAAAUGGAAUAGGCGUUCACUCUAUGGUUUUAUCUAAAGCUUCGCCGGAAAUGUUAGCCGUGAAUGCGAAGAACUGGUCCGAGUCGGCUCACCGAUUCCUCAAGCUUUGUGCCGAAUCUGGAAACGUUGAAGCUUGUUACAUUCUCGGCAUGAUUCGGUUUUACUGUUUGGAGAAUCGAGGCAGCGGGGCAUCACUUAUGGCGAAGGCGGCGAUUAAUUCCCACGCGCCGGCUCUUUACUCUCUCGCUAUCAUCCAGUUCAACGGCAGCGGUGGCUCGAAGAACGACAAGGACCUCCGUGCCGGCGUCGCACUCAGCGCUCGAGCCGCAUUUCUCGGCCACAUCGACGCGCUUCGUGAGCUGGGGCACUGCCUCCAGGACGGAUACGGCGUUAAACGGAACAUCGCCGAGGGACGGCGGUUUCUGGUCCAAGCCAACGCACGAGAGCUGGCCAACGUGCUCACCACCACUCCAUCGGCGGUUAAAAAUAGCGAAUGGCUGGCAUGGAAUCCCAUGCCCCACCACCGCCACAUCGCCGCCGGGACGAGCUGCCCGUUGCUAAGUGAUUUCGGGUGUGACGUUCCCUGCGCGGACCCUCACCCGGCCAACAAGUUCUUAACCGAUUGGUACGCGGCGAAGGACGGUGUACUCGGUCCUGGGCUCCGACUGUGCUCGAACGCCGGUUGCGGAAGGCCGGAGUCCCGCAGGCACGAGUUCCGCCGGUGCUCUGUUUGUGGCGCCGUUAACUACUGCUCCCGGGCUUGUCAGGGGAUGGAUUGGAGGUCCCGCCACAAAUCGGAGUGUGUGCCGGCAAUGCGGUGGGAGGAGGAGGAAGGUGAAAAUGUUGCAGCGGCGGGUAACAUUAACGGCAACGGCGGUGAAGAAGUAAAUAACGGAUUUGUUGAGAUCCAAAAUGAGAUUGCAGAGAGUUGACCGUGGGGAUUUGAAUUGAAAAUAGGCCAAAUUUAGGGUUGCAAGUGGAAUUUAGAGAUUUUCACGGUCAACGUUUUGUACAUGGGGAGCAGAGUGAAAGUACGGAGUAAUUUAUUUUGUUUCUUUCCUCUUCGAUUUAACAUAUCAGCAAAUAGUAACUUUGAGGAAAUUGAAUUCAUAUUUAAUAGUCCAUUUGGUUAUAUUUAAUGAAUUUCCGAAUAUACUACGUAAUAUCUAAGUGCGUG